AUGGAGUCUUUGUUAAAGAAUCUCAAAGAAUAUGUUACUUGUUCAAUCUGUCUGGAUACUUUCACCGAUCCCAAGACAAUAACCUGCCUCCACACAUUCUGUUUUGAGUGUAUAAAGAAACACGCACUGAUCAGCCAAAGGAAUGGAAAGUUUCGAUGCCCCGAGUGUCAAGCUGAAGUUGAUCUUCCAGAAGCAAACCGUUUUGACAAAUUACCGACCAGUUUUCAUCACAAUAGUCUGCUCAGUGUUCUCGCCAUCCGACAAAGCGGAAAAGGAAAUGAUAUUAGUUGUGGCGUUUGCAAGAAAAUGAGCGCAGAGAUAAGUUACUGCUUCGAAUGCGCUAAAUUCAUGUGCAGUGACUGUGUAAACGCACAUCAACUGUUUAGUCAUUUAACAGAAGGACACAAGGUGACGCCAGUCAAACAUUUCCAGCCUCAAGACUAUGAAGCACUAAUGAGGAAGCAGUCAUUUUGUUCGCAGCGGUAUCACGAGCGAGAAGUAACGAGGUUUUUCUGCCUUAUAUGCGAAAUCUGUGUUUGCCAAAUAUGCAUUGCUACGGAUCAUAAGGCACAUGACGUGGAACCAUUAGAUAAAGCAGCCGACGGCGAGAAAGCCAACAUCCUGACAAGAACCGAGGUAUUGAAAACAAAAACAAGGGUUUUUGGCGAUACGAGUCGUGAAUAUGAACAAACAAUACUUGAACUGGAGGCAAAUCUCACUAACGCUAAACGUGAAGUUUCCAAAGCUGCCGAACAAAUGAUCGCCAAGAUUCGAGAAGACGAGCGGCGAAUUAUUACCGCCCUCGAGAACAGCCGCGCGUCAAGAGCAGAUAAGUUAGACUCUGCAAAGGCACAAGUGCAAUCCCUGCUGAAACAAAUCAACCAAGCAAUCGAGUUUGCUGAAAAUCUCAUUCAAAGAAGCUCCAGCUCAGAUGUAAUGCAAAGCAAGAAUUAUCUAGAACAACGAUUUAAUCAUCUUGAAAACACGACGAUCCCAGAACUUCUGGUUAAUUCAUUCCUAAAGUUUUAUCAAACAAAAGAAGAAAAGAAUCUAACCCUUGGUUACAUAGCAACAAGUGAACCAGUAGUAGGACUGACAAAAGAUUUCCAAGCUGGUGUUGAAUCAGAGUUUGAAGUUCACCCUCAAAUACUUGGAGAAACAGUCUUUGAAGUAAAAGUGCUUGUGGAACCCGCUGAAAAAAUAGGAAGCUUGACAACUUGCGAAAAUCAAGAUGGAGAUUACACCGUGAAGUUUACACCUAAAGUUCCAGGUAUCUUCAACAUCAUAAUAAAAGUAAAUGGCAAGGAGUUUGCAGGAAGUCCUUAUACUGUCCAAGUAAAACAACGACUUAUUCAGGUUGUGGGAGAGGUAGAAAUAAAAGGAGAAACUCUUGAAAAGCCAUUUGGAAUUACCGUGAACAGCAAAGGACAAAUCGCUGUUAGUGACUAUGAUAAACACUGUAUCCUGAUAACUGACAAAGAUGGAAACUGUGUAAGAAAAGUGGGUUGUUAUGGAAACAAUGUUGGACAGCUCGAUUGUCCAGCUGACGUCACAUAUCUAAAUGAUGAUAACGUUCUUGUGGUGGAUGAAGUAAAUCAUUGCAUUCAACAAUUUAAUGUUCAAACAGGGAAUUCUGUAAAAAGCUUUGGAAAGAGAGGGACAAGGGGUGGUGAGUUUCUGAGCCCUGUCAGUGUUUGUGUGGAUGAAGAAGGCCGUGUUAUAGUUGCUGAUUAUCUUAACAACAGAAUCCAAGUCUUAUCACAGGAUGGUGAACCUUUGUUUCAAUUUGGAGACAGUGGACCAGUAAAACUAAACAAUCCCACUGCAUGUAUUUACCAUGAGAACAAGUUCAUUGUUUCUGACUGGGGUAAUAAUUGCUUGAAAGUGUUUGAUAAUACUGGAAAGUUUUUGUUCAAGAUAGGAGAACCUGGCAAGGGUGAUGGACAGUUGCGAGGGCCUGAUGGACUCUGUCUUCAGAAAUGUGGCAACCACCAUAAUCUUCUUGUUGGUAAUAGUCUCAAUGGCCGUGUUGAUCAGUUUACAGUGGAGGGCUGUUUCACUGGAAAAACUGUUGUUAAGUUACAAGACCCUACAAUAAUAACUACAACACCGGAUGGACUCAUUCUAGUUACAGACUUUAAGACCAAAAAAAUUCACAUUCUAAAAUAA